UUGACUGAUCAGUCCCGAACAUUCCCUGGGAUCCCUCAUUGAACGUUGCAUCAUCGUCGUUUUCACUUGGAAGAAGAAGAUUAAAAUUGGAUUUCGUGGCUGUUAUUUUUCCAGGAAGAUGAAAGUGUUCGGAUGUCUCCUGGCCCUUUUGUUCGUUUUCCAACAUGCUGCAGCUGUGGAGGUCAAUGCAGGGGCGAAGUCUGUCGUGCUGCCCUGCUCUGUCAAACUGGAGGAUCUGAAGGAUUUGUCGGUGGUGUGGCGUCGUGAAGAUCUCAAUCCCUCAAUCAUCCACUUUAAGGAGCAGGGACGCAAUGAGAAGGAAAAGCAGAACCAGAAUUACAGAGGCCGUACAUCAGUGAGCGAUCCACUGCAGCAGAACGGACUCGCCAGCCUCACUCUGUCUGAACCACGUCUCAACGACAGCGGCACCUACACCUGCAUCAUCCGCAGACAUGGAGUGGAACUGCACCGGACAGAAGUACCGCUGCUAGUCAUAGGUAAGGAGCAAAACCCUAACACCUCGACUGUUGCUGCAGAACCAUUUCCACAAAUUUCCUCCCUUCUCCUGGGUCUUUUGCUGGGUGCCAUAUUCACUGGUCUCUCUGAGGGGUCUUUUGUAGCAUAUUUUUGGAGGAAGAAGACCAGGGCAGCUGUCGCCUCAGUCUGCCGGGUGAUGGUGAGGGAGGGGGCGCAGGCCGUAAAGCUGCCCUACCAAACCGCAGUCGAGCUUCCUGGAGGCGCAGGAGUGGAGUGGACCUUGUCAGACCCUGAACCCAAGGUGGUCCACCGGCAAGUGAUCGGUUGUGACCAGCCCCAGAAACAGCCUGAGGUUUACUACGAGCGCACAGAGAUGACAAACCUGGAGACUGGAGACCUCAGUCUGACCCUGAGUGACCCCCGCUGUGAGGACAGCGGUAUUUACGUCUGCAACGUCCGCAGAGAUGGAGUCAUCCUGGCUCAGAGAGUGGUGGAGGUCCAGGUCCAAGCACCAGGGUGGAUUGAAAACUUGAGAAGCAUGAUGAUGCCACAGCUGACAACACUAAACACACUGGUUUCACAGAGGGAAGACGACACCCUGACUGGUGACGGUCAACCAACAGGAUGAAAACGACCCACGAGCAGCAUUCACACUCAGUUCUUUUUUUGGGGGGUAUUUUUGCCUUUAUUUUGAUAGGACAGUGAGAGAUAGUCAGGGAGAGAGCAGUGAGGAUUAAGCCCAUGUGGCACACGCUCCACCAGGCGAGCCACCGAGGCGCCCCUCACUUUGUUUACUUCAAAUUUAAUUCGAGCAAGGAUUAAAAAUACUGCGGUUUACAAACUGUUUUACAUUCUUAUAUUUUAAUCUGCCUGUGGCAACAGGAAGCAUCCCUGACAUUUGGAAAAACAGCCUACAUACUGCCUUUACAUAACAGCGGACGAUCAAAUGCCCUAAAUAAUUAUCGACCAAUCUCUUAAUGAUCAUGUCUAGCCAAGUGAAAAGUGUUUUCCAAUCAUUUUUAACUCAAAGAAUCACCACACCAGUCACAUCAUUCCUGUCUCCUACUGACCUACACGCUUUUUAUUUUUCUCGCACCUUGACUAUUGCAAUGUACUAUAUGCUGGAAUCAGUCAGAGCUCCGUCCACCGACUACAACUGGGACAGAACGCCGCCACCAAGCCAUAUGAACACAUCACUCCAAUACUUCCAAACUUACCUGUUAUAUUCCAGAUUAAAAUUCUACUCAUCACUUUCAAAGCAUUAAACGGCCUCGCUCCAAACGAUAUCAAGGACUUUUUAACCCCAUAUGUGCCUGGGCGUCUACUUAUCAAUGGAGGGAGCUCUGCUGGUUUUUCCUGGGUCUCGGCUGGUGACUGCGUGUGACCCGGCCUUCAAACUGUGGAACAGUCUACCAGUUGAGAUCCGACAGGAAGCACUCAUGUUUGUUAAAACUCUUCUUAGCACAUUCCUUCAUCAGAAAGCUGUUAUGAAUGUUUGAUAUGUUUUUCAUGUAGCUUGCGUUUUAUAAUGUUUGUUUUUCUUGUUUGUAAUUGCUGGUUUUAUUAAAAAAAUGAACAUUAAAGUUUAUUGU